CUGGGCCAUUCAUUCACCCUCCGCAAGGACCACCCUCCAGCAGCGACUCCCCUUCAAUUUCACGUCCCUCGCCUCGCCUCUCCCAUCGCUAGACUCGACUUGUCCGCCGCCCGAAUCACGGCAGCCCUAGGCAGGAGAAGGGCCAAAUCGCCAAACACUCCAUUGUGCAGCAGCCUUCCCUUUGCCGUCUUGCUAAGAUUACACGCGCCGCGCGAACUCGGUCCGCUGUUAUUGAUUAUUAGACCCCUCGCACCCGCCCGCCCGUCAUGGCCAGCACAACUCCCAACAAAUCCCUUAAUCCUCCUCAUUCCUCGGUACCGAACGACGACGAAACCGACCCAGCCCAGCCCAACGGUGACCAGCAACCAGGCGCCCCCCGCAGAUCCAGCUUCAACUUCCUACGCGGUAGCAGUAAUCGAAGCGCGUCAGGAGGCAAGAUGAGCAAGAAGCAGAAGGCGCUUGCCCAGGAGGAGGCGCUGCGCAGGCAGCGCGAAGCCGCUAUGCUCCCUAAGCAGCCACCCCGCCUUCCCUCCCACUCCGCUCUUCCCCAGAUUGAGACAUUUGGAGGUGAAAGCGCCCGUCCUGAUUCCGUCGCCAUUGUCUCCAACAAGCUCGGCAAUUACUCUCACAACAGUCACAACUUCAGCCGACCCAGCGUCGAUCGUGGGAGCAGAAUGCCCCCCAAUUCCAACCCCAACCUGGCCGCGGCACCGCCCAUGCCUGGCACUGAGCUCUCGUACAUGGACUACGACCCCUACCCCAGGACCGAGAGCAUGACCCACCGCGGUCGCUACAGUUAUGCCAGCAGCCAGCACAGCACCGUCAACAGCCCCCGCCGCGUGAGGAGGAGGAAGGACCCUACGCCCUUCAACAUCCUCGUCGUUGGUGCCAAGGGCUGCGGCAAGUCGUCCUUCAUCGACUUCCUACGCACUGCGCUCGCGCUCCCCGCUAAGAAGCGACCCCACACUCCAUCCCCGCCUGCCACCGCUGUCGGUGCCGAAGACUCUCCCUUCACGUCUGAAUAUCUCGAGACGGAAGUCGAUGGCGAGAGAGUCGGAGUCACGCUCUGGGACUCGGAGGGCCUGGAGAAGAACAUUGUCGACUUCCAGCUGCCCAUCAUCACCGCCUUCCUCGAGUCCAAGUUCGAAGACACGUUCAGCGAGGAGCAAAAGGUCGUCCGUGCCCCUGGCGUCAAGGACACCCACAUUCACUGUGUGUUCCUCAUACUGGAUCCUGCACGCUUGGACGCAAACAUCACAGAGGCUCGCAAGAAGUCGAAUGUGAUCAAAGUUGGCAGUGCCAUCUUUGGAGGCCUAGAUGAGAACCUAGACCUCAAUGUGCUUCGGGAGCUGCAGAGCAAGACGACUGUCAUCCCAGUCCUCAGCAAGGCGGAUACCAUCACUGGUGCGCAUAUGCGCCAUCUGAAGAAGACGGUGUGGGACACAAUCAAGCGCGCGAAGCUCGAUCCGCUCGAGGCUCUGAAUCUCGACCUCGAUGACGAAGAAGACCCAGACCGACUGGACGAGCGAGAUGAGGACGAAUAUGCUCAGUCCUCUGAGGAUGAAGACAAACCUGAUGUCUUGAACAAGAUCCUUGAGCGAUCUUCCUCUGAAGCUGCUCGCUCAGUUGCCUCGACAGAUUCAAAUUCGAAAUCGCAAUCACCUCCUACCUCCCCACCAAGCGCUAAGAAGACUCACAGCCGCAAGCCCUCGGCCAUCUCUGCCUCCAUCCAAAGUGAAGCCUCAGAGACCCCGUUCCUCCCUCUUAGCAUCAUUUCGCCAGAUCCCUACGAGCCCGAAGUGGUGGGUCGCAGAUUUCCCUGGGGCUUUGCGGAUCCCUACAACCCAGAGCACUGCGAUUUUGUCAAGCUGAGGGAGAGUGUCUUCAGCGAGUGGCGGGCUGAGCUACGUCAGACUAGUCGUGAGCAGUGGUACGAAGGCUGGAGAACCCAACGCCUGGAGAAGGGCAACAACAGACGACGAGGUGUAACUUCGGAUGGACCAACAGCGAGGCAGUUGACAGUGCCGGCUACCAAUGGCCGGGCCGCUAGCGCUGGCAGCCGCGAUUAUCGCCAGCCGCGAACCUCUGGUUUCGAGUAACGGGCAAUACUCGCCAAAGUGGUUGUUAGGAGACAAUGACUGAUGUCGACUCUGUCAUCCUCUAUUCGAAUUCAUCGCAGGGCGACAUUUACUGCAUACUGCAUUCUCAAGCAGGGAAGCCAUCAUCUCUGGACUUAGCGAAGCAUCUCCUGCCUUUUCCAUUUGGAACAUACUCCGACGACUUGCACCAAUACCCCACAUACUCUUUUCCUAUGUCGUUCAACUUAUUGUACUGUACCUUUUUCUUCGUUGGCUGCUUGUUAAGAAUGCG